AUGCCCUGGCUCCGCGUGGCCUUCCUGCUGCCGGACUCGAGCCCGCGCCGGGUGCAGACGAGGCUGCCCGUCACGCUCGCGAAGUUCCUGGCCGGCCGCGAGCUCUCCUCGCAGGAGUUCUUCGCCCUCUGGCGGCGGUCGUCCUUCGCCCUGGGCGAGGCGUCCUGCACGGCGCAGCUGGCCGCGCGCCUGCGGGGCGUGCCCCUGGCGCAGGUGGCCAGGUGUGCCGCCCUCGGCGGCGCGCUGAGGCUCCACCACGACAACGUCGACGCUGGCCCCUGCAGCCUCGCCUUCGCCUCGCAGAUCGCCGCCGCGGGCGAGGGCGCGAGCCCGCUGGAGGACGCCUGCCUCGUGCGCGUCGAGGUCGGCUCGGGGCGCCACGCCGGCAGCGCCCGAGUCGCGGUGCGGAGCGCGGACCACACGGCCGCGCGGGCGCUGUGCGACGCGGUGCUGGGGCAGCUCGUGGAGGCCGGGGUGCCCGCCGGCGGCGGCUGCGAGGGCAGGUGA